UUUGACUCAACAUACAUAUACUUAAAUUAUAAUCUUUACAUCAAAAAUAGAAAAUCGUAAAUUAUCAACGAGAUUGUAAGCGAAGUGCCACCUAAGAAGGCAGUAAGAGCAAGCACUCCUCCCACCACACGAGAGAGCGAGAGAGAUAGAGAGGAGAGAGAGGAGAGAGUAAGUGAGAAAGAGUUAAUCCUGCAGCAGACACGAGUGAUAAACCUGGAGAACUGGAGACCCCAUAAGCCAGCUCUCACAAGACGAGCUAAGUACAGAUUCGGGACGUCCGGUUCUAUCUGAAAAUGGUUAUCAAUCUGAAUCCCACGACGCUGACCAAUGCAAACGGCAGCAGCAGCCCGAUGGCGAUAAUUAGCCAUGCCGUAAUCGAUGACGUUGUCUAUAUGCAUGUGGUCUGUCCGGGCGAUGAGAUCUCCAAAUGGGUAACAUUGGAGGAGGCGCUGGGCCUGUGCCCGUCGGCUGUCAUUGCCUAUACACAGCUGACGCUGACGCAUAUCUUUGGUCCGCCCGUCGAGGAUCAGGAGCCCAGUCUAUUUGACUAAAACUACAAAUUCGAACUUGAAGAACUGCUCCUUCCACUUAAGCUCGAACCUGCUUCGACCGUUGACUUGAUUUGAGCCGAAGGGAACACAACGAUAAACGAAAAACAAUAUGAGAAUAGCUAUAAUCAUAUUUAAAACAACAACAACAACAACAAGAACAAGAACAACAACACAAAGUAGAAAACCAACUAAACCCCAAAAAAUACUUUUGCCUCGAGCAAAUUUUUCAAAUUCAAAGUUCAAGCUUUCCCUAAAAAUAAUUGCGAACACGUAAACACAAAACCCUCCAUGAUAAUUGUUUCGAUAUUUAAAUUUCGCAUGUGCAUAUGUUUUUCCAAAUAUGUGUGCUUCAUAUAUUGUUGACCAGCUGACCAAAUCGCACACAGACACACACACAGACACACAGAUACAGAUACACACACAGACACACAGACAGACAGACAGAUAGACAUAUAUAUAGAUAGAAAUGUAACGCCCGGGUUCCCUGGAUGAGACCUACAAAACAAACUCAAAUUUCAAGUUUUUCUCUUCAAUAUUUUUUUUCCACCUCGCCCCCUCCCCUUUCCCCUCCAUCUUCCCUACCCCCUACCUCCCCCCAUUCCGCCACUUUCCUGCAACAUUUUGAUUUUGUUUGAAAUUCUAUAAAAUUGGCAACACUUUCGAGUUGGUUUCUAAACGUGGUUAUUACAAAUUCUGUGCCGAGCAGCCCAUAUACUAAAUUUAAUAAUGAUGUGACACCAAAUCUAUUAUACGACGAUAAUACAAACAUUG